AUGGAGGUCAUGCUUUCUGACUCCUCCAAAAGUAGUCUUCUUGGUUCUUUCAAGAAACACUUUCGCUCUUUGAUGGGAAAGUGCAGCAAGUUGUGGUCCAAGCAGAACCAGUCAGCACAGAUUGCUGAGUAUAUCCAUGCGCAAUGUGGUGUGUAUCUGAAGGUACCGAAUAAGACCAGGUGGAAUUCCCCCUUUGAUGCGUUGAAGCAACUACAUAAGCUCCUGUCAACUAUGCCACUAAAAAUGAAGGCCAUAAUGGGCCGCUGCUCCUUGUCUAGGAUCACAGCUGCUGAGACUGUAGGGCUGCAGGAGUAUGCAGAGGUUAUGGGGCCACUAGCCCAGUCCCUAGACAUCCUGCAACUGGAGAAUGGCAUGUUCAUGGGGUAUUUGCCACCAAUGCUCUACAAUCUGGACUGCAAGUUAGAAGGGCUGGAAAACAAACCUGUGAGGUACACAAUGGAAGCCUUGCUGAAAGCUGAAAUAAAGAUGGGUGCACUUAAUGAGGACGGUGAUCAGUCUUCAGACAAAGACCAGGAAGGAGAUGACUUGGAAAAUGACUUCUUUAACAUUCAGCCCCAGGGCAAGACGUCAACAGUGGACACUGAUGAGGAGGAAUUGUUGAGGUACCUGAGGUCUCCCAGCAGGGAACUGUCAUCACUCCAUGGCUUUCCACGUGUGCUGCUGUGCUUUUUGCAGCACAACACAGGCAUGCCUUCAAGCGCCACAGUAGAAUGCCUGUUCAGUACUGAUGGCAAUGUAAUGAAUGCAAAAAGACAUUCCUUGUCUGAUGUGUUCUUUGAGCAUCUUGUUCUUUUGAGACAUAAGAAAUGUAUUGUAAAAGCAGCAUUUCAAGUGUAAAAUUUGAUUUCAAGUGAAUUAUAUGCGUGUAGGGGGUAUCGUCAUUGCUGGGUGGGGAGGA